GAGCUUUCGAGGGUUUCUGUAACCUCGAAUUCGAUGCCCUUCGGCUUCGAUGCUUCCCUUGCUCGCCUCGCCAUGAAGCGAGCACUCUCUGCUUCUCUGCUGUCACUCUCCUCGCUCCCCAAAACCCGCCUCUCUGGCGCUCCUCUCACCAGUUUCCUCUCUCGCUUCUCUGCCCUAGCCCCUUCUCCCAUCUCUCCGUCCCCCAGCUGUUGUCCCCUGCUUUCCCCCUUCUUCCCUCCGCAUUUUCCCAGUUGCCCCCUUCGCCGCGGCAUCCGGACAGUCUCCGUUGGGCCGACUCCUCCUAAAUCUCUAAACACGGUCUCGGAAGUACUCGCCGCCUUCGAAUCACUGGAGUCCUCCCUCGACGAUGACACGCUCCGCCUGUCCGAACAGCUUGACUUGCUAGGGUCAGAAGACUUGGAGAAAGCCCUCGCCUUUUCUGUCAAAGCCCUGCAGUUUUUUGAGAAGAGGGACGGAGGAUGGUCGCUCCCUGUUGCAAAGGUCCUUUGCCUGAUGGGUUCCAUCACUUGCAAGAUGAGGAGGUACGACGACAGCUUGGACUCCUUGGAAACUGCGGAUCAGAUCCUUGAGGUCCCACGGGGAGAAAUCUCCGCGCAGAAAGAUGUUGUUAUGACUACUGUCGCCGUUCAGCUCCAACUCGCGAAUACUAAGACUGCAAUGGGGCGAAGGUGGGCGGCUUUGACCCAUCUACAGAACUCUUUUGAGCUGAAAGGUACGAUCUUGGAGGGUAAUUCAAAGCAAAUGGGUAGCGCCUGCAAGGAUCUGGCAGAAGCUUUGGCUGUUGUUCUGGUUUUUGACGAGGCUUUGCCACUGGGCUUGAGGGCAUUAGAGAUUUAUAUGAGACAUUUUGGGGAAAGUUCUGAAGAGGUCGUCCAGGUUAGGCGCCUUCUUGGGGUUAUUUAUAGUGGCUUGGAAGAGUAUGAGGAGGCCUUGGAGCAGAGCGAGCUGUCCAGGAGGGCAUUGGAGUGUUUAGGCCUCGAUGAGCAGUUGUGCGAGGUCGAAAUUGAUGGGGCUAACAUAUUGAUUGAACUAGGUAGAUUGGAACUUGCGACACAAACACUCAAAAGGGUAGCUCAGAAGACCGAGAAAGAAAGUGAGACAAGAGCCUUUGUGCUUAUCUCAAUGGCCAAAUGUUUGUGUAACCAAGAGAAGUUCGGUGAUGCUAAGAGAUGUUUGGAAAUUGCUUGUGGUAUUCUUGAUAAGAAGGAAGCAGAGUCUCCUUCAAAGGUUGCUGGAGCAUAUGUAGAGAUGUCUAUGUUGUAUGAGACAAUGGAUGUCUAUGAGAUUGCUUUGUCUUUGAUGAAGAGGACCCUUGCUAUUCUUCAGGAUCUUCCACAAGAGAGGCAUCUGGAGGGAAGCGUCUCAGCAAGGGUUGGGUGGCUGCUUCUCUAUACAAAGAGGGUACCACUAUCAAUUCCGUACUUAGAAAGUGCAAUUGUGAAGAUAAAAGACUGUUUUGGUCCAAAACAUUUCGGUUUAGGAUUGGCCACUAAGCAUUUAGGGCAAGCAUAUUUGGACACGAAUCAGCCACAAUCUGCGGUGGAGAUGUUUCUUCGUGCAAAGGACAUAAUUGACGAGUCAUUUGGGCUACAACAUGAGGAUUCAAUUGAUACAUACCAAUGCAUUGCUAAUGCUUAUGGAACCAUGGGAAGUUAUGAACGCGCAAUGGAGUUCCAGCAACAUGUAAUAGAUGCUUGGGAAAAUAAUGGGUCCGGUUCAUGGCUUGACAUUAGAGAAUCCCACCGCCUCAUGGAGCAGCUAAAGAAAAAGGUCCGAGGGGAACGCCAUGCUGUAUUUCCUGCAAAUUCCUUACCGACAUUCUUGUUGGAAAACAAAUCUGCUCAGGAUGAUUCUUCCUAUAAAGCCCCAGAUUGCCCAAUUUAGGCAGUCCUGUUCCUUUUAAAUAAAGGCUGCACUCAUUCCAAAUGAGCUCUCAUUUUGGGUUGAAUAGAUGAGCAGGCCCCUUAACAUUUUCCAAAUAUAGAUACUUGAGGUAUUCUUAAGUUGCUUGAUUAGUGCCUAUAUUUUGACAUUACUUUCAUCUUUGUUAGUGUUGUACAGUGCAAAUUUCGUUAUUAUAUUUUUCACUUCUUAUUUAAGAUCAAAUGUUAUGAAUUUCA